AUGUCUAGAAAAGCAAGUUUAAGUAGGCAUCGAUUCCAGCGAUUUGAAUCUGAAGAAGAAGAAGCUGAUGAUCAUGAGCAAUUUGAGCACUUUCUUAAUCAAGAGGAAACACGUGGACAAGCAUUAGCUAGUAAAAUAAAAGCCAAAAAAGGUAAUGGUCACUUUCAUUGUAUCAGUGAUGAUUUUAUUAAAAAAGAUUUAUAUGAUAAAGAAGUUGCAGAAAAAGAAGUCAAUGUUGCCUAUUCACGUAUUAUGCUUCUUGGAUCAGCUGGAGUUGGGAAAACAUGUUUUACUCGAUCACUUAUGAAAGAGAAGUAUCAACGAGAUACUAAUAGCACCAUUAUUUUUGAUGUCCAAUCGGUACGACCAAUUGAUACACCACCAACCGAACAACAGGAUGCUGCCAUCAUGGUCAAAUCUCAAUCAGAUGAGCCUUUAAGUAGUAAAAAAGGGUUUGUCACUUUAAAUAAAAGUGAUGGGCUCAGUAAUCGUCCAUUUCAGCUGAAGAGUCACAUGCUUAGUGAAAAUAAAAAAUGGAAGCAAGUUGAUGAAAAUGAUGAAAUUGAUGAACUUGCUUACUUAAUCACUGCAGUUUAUGAUAAAGAUUCUGGUUCUGAAAAUCUUCGUUCUGUGGUAGCUGCUCUCUUAUUAUAUCAAAUAGAAUCACCAUUUUGCCCAGCUGAUUUUUGUGAUCAAAAAGUUCACAGCGAAAAAGUUGAUUUGUUUCUUGAAAAAGCAAUAAAACGUGCUCAAGAGAUUGGGCCUGUGCCAAUACAAGAUAUAAAGCCUCAGCCAUUCAUGCACAUCUGGGAUUGUGGAGGGCAGGCAGUGUUUUUGGAGAUUCUUCCGGCUUUUCUAACACCACGCACGCUAUUUUUUCUUUUAUUUAAUGCAGCCAAGAGUUUAGAUGAGAAAUGGAAAAAUAUUUGCAACAUAAAAGGAAAUGUAGUAUGUGAUGAUGUAGAAAGCAUGUCCACAAAGGAUCUGCUUUUCAACUGGAUGGCAAAUAUUCAUCAUCACUUGGCCCAGCUAGAUGAAAGAGGAGCCUUUCUCAGUUAUCCUCGUAUCUAUUGCAUUGGUACACAUGGCGACCAGAUAAAUCCUGAUGAGCAGAGAGCUGCUAUUAAAAAAAUGAUGCUUAUAUAUCAGAAUAAGGCUUUUGCUUACUUAAUAAAUAAGGUAUUGAUUAUUGAUAACACAACUGCUGGAAGCCACAAUGAAGAUCCAAGAUUUUCAACCAUUCGAGAAGAAGUUAGCGACUUCACCUGCAACAAGCUGAUUGUCAAGACGCCAGUGAGCUGGGUGUUGUUUCGUAAAAUUAUUAAAAUGCUUGACAAGAAAGUUAUUAGUUUAAAAGAGGCUCAUGAAAUCGGUUUAGCUUGUAAGAUUCCUUACAAUGAUGUUCCUAAAGUUCUCCUUUUCUAUCAUGAUCUUGGAGUUCUCCUUUACUAUUCGUUUAUCAAAGGUCUUCAAGAUAGGGUUAUUACAAGCCCUCAGUGGUUUGUUGAAACUCUUGGAAAAGUCUUUACACUUGAGGGCAGAGAAAACCAAGAUGCAACAGAAGCUAUGUGGAGCUUAUUGCGCAAAAAAGGUAUUCUUGUCCAGCCUUUGUAUCAAGAGGUUUGGAGAGAUUGUACAGAAAUUGAGGCUGAUGACUUGAUGGAACUAUUGGUUCAUUUUCGUCUUGCUGCUGAAGUUGAAACAGAUCAAUUCUUUAUUCCUGAUACAAAGCAAUAUUUUCUACCUGCUGUGCUAAAAUCAUAUGAUAUUUCAUCUCCACAAUCAUUUCUGGAUGAUCAGCCAGUUGCCCGAGCAACGAACCUUCACAUCACUUUUAGCACUGAUUUUGUUCCUCCUGGUUUUUUCACUCGUUUUAUUGCAUCAUUUGCUAAAAAGUCAUCGUGCAAAAUUUGUUUUGAAGAAGGUGUGUUUCGAAACCAUAUUAUUUUUAUGUUUGGAACUCCAAGUGUCAACCAGGUUUCGUUCACUGAUCUUUGUACUACAAUACGAGUUAGUGUUGAGCGUUUCAGUGAUGCACCAAAUAUAACGCCAUUCAGUAAUACUUGCCAAGAGUUGAAGAGUAUACUAGAGAAAUGUGGCAAUGAGGUGGAUAAUUCUUUAGCUAAUCAGCCUGACUUUUCAAAAAAAAUUUCGAUAGCAAGAGAACUAAACUAUGAAUGCACUGCAUGUGAUGGAUAUGAGCCUCAUUACAUUUCUCCUGCUUCAGGUCAAACAGCUGACCUACCUCUUUGUUGUCAAAAAAAGAAAAAACAUCGACAACCAACACUUGAAGAAUCUUAUUGGUUUCCUGAUGGAAAACAGACAGAUGAAGAUAUACCAGAAUCUAUUAGCGAACAAGAAAUGGUUGAGAUAUCAAAGAGAGUUGGUGACAAAGCUGCUACUCUUGCUGCAUGCUUGGAAAUGCUUCAAAAGUUUAAGGCUCUCCAGCAAAAUCCAGCUCAUAGUAAUAAUCCAAUGCUUCAUUUGCUUUAUGAGUGGAAAAUUGGUGGAGGAUGUAGAGAUGAGUUAGUCAAAGCUCUUAAGCUUUCUGAUCUACAUCAACUUGCUGAUCAAGUCAAAAUUUCCAACUACAAAUAUGCCAGAAGUAGACGUCCCAGUGAUAGUUUUCACGAAAUAAAUUCAGAUUUUGACAGUUCUAGACACAUUAAUGAACAGGCUCAAACCAAAAAAAGAAUCGAAGUUUACAAAUUUGAUCCACAAGGAUUACCACGUAGUAUUUCAAAUAUUGAAGUCACUGAAGUAGAAGUUAAGAAUACUAGUACAGAUUCUGAUUCUCGUCAAUUUACUAAUUUUGAUAAUAACCAAAUCUCUAGUUCCAGUGCUACAAGUAGAGCUUCUGGCAGCACUUGUGAUCAAAUUCAAGAUAAAAGCCUUGCCAGCCAUAGCCAAGGUCAUCUUUAUGCCCCUCAGAGUAUGUCAGAAGUAGCUACAUGUUUAAGUGAUAUAGACGAUGAUGACUUGUUGCGAGCAUCAAAUUCUUUUAAAGCUCAAGAUAUCAAAAAAUUUGUCAAAAUUUGUGACGAUGAUUCAGGGUAUCUUCAGUCAGUAAUGGAUAAAUACCAACAUGAGCAUAGUGAUACACAAACCAUUGUAUUUCAAGUGCUUCGUGCUAUGGUAAAAAAAUACCCUGAUCUUAGUAAAGAAAAGCUGAAAACUAAGCUGCAUCUAAUGAGAUUUGAUGAAGCUGCCAAAAACCCAUCAGAGCAUGAUAAAAAUAAAUGCUCUAUACUGUGAAGCACCUAUAAUAUGUGGAUCUGCUGAUGCUAAGCUCUAUUAUUUUUUAUAUUUGCAUUUUGUAAUUGCAUUCUAUUAGCAUGUCACAUAAUGUAAGACUAUAUACAUGCAUUGCACUACUUCUAUUUUUUGCCACUAUUAGCUAAUGUCAAUGAACAUCUGUCAUUUGUAAUUAACCUGAAAGUCCUGUAACAAUUUAAAUAAGGACUUAUUUGUCAAGUUUAUGAUAUCCAAGAUACCUUCAUUCAGA